ACCUCGAAAAAAGCAGGGGAGAGAGAGAGAGAGAGAGAGUAGAGAGAGAAAGAGAGAGAUUUUAGAGAGAGAGAGUCGCCGUCGCCAUGGAUCCGAAGCACGCGGGCUCUGCUCUCGACGACCUCGUCUCCUCCUUCACCAUCCGCAUCGCCGAGCUCCAAGAGCUCGUCAUCGCCCGCAACAUGUACCCAGCCACGACCAUCCCUGACCUCUCGGCCGUCGACGCGACGCUGAAGGCGAUGGAGUCGCAGAUCGAGGCUAUCAAGGGCCGAUUGCAGGAGGAGAAGAACGCAAUCCCCAAAGCUAAAAGGCUCGUGGAGCAGUCGCAGCGGCAGCAGAGGAAGCUGCAGCACAUGCUCGCUCACGUGCCUGCUGCAAUGGUCGAGAGCUUAACCCUAGUGGAUCGGAACCCUUCGAGUGCAAUUCUGGAGGUGUCGGAUUGUGAUGUAGCUUAUGAGGCUUCUAAGCAGAGGGAGGAGCCCGUUGCAGCGCCAAAGAAGGGCCGAGGUUCUGCACCCCGUUGGUAUAUUUCUGCUGUGGAGCUUGAUUCAUUGUCCUCUUAUAUGAGGGGGAGGCUCACGUUGGAGAAGGUUAACAUUGCUAUUAAUGAGGUGGCUACCUAUGCAGAUGCAAAUGCUCAUCUUAUUUCAUGCCCAAAGAAAAAGUUGGCAGAAGAUGCUUGGGGAAAGGCUUUGGAAUUGAGAGACAUUGCUAUGGCUGAACCAGUGAAAGGCAAGCAUUUUUUCCUUGAAGCCGACAUAAAAGGGCCGGGACUAAAACUUGACAACACGGGCAAAGCGAUUCUAACUGUACUUCGCCAUCUUGGUCGGAUUCAAGAAACUCGGAUUGGCCAUCACCGUGUCCUAAUCCUGUCCAAACCUCACUAAUAUACUACGUAAUAUUGGGGUAAUUUCAAUCCAUUUAUUUGAACCUACUCUAUUGAUUCUUCCUACUUACCACUAGUAUGCAAACAUGUUCUCUCUCUUUAGAGUAGUAUAAUAUCAUCUAACACGGUUGAACUGGAAUACUUUCAGGAGCAGUAAGUCCUGGGUUCCUUUACGUUACUUUCAAUGAUGGGGUACUUAGAUUGACAAUCAACACCGUCAAGCAUGAUUUGGACACAAACAAUUUCAAAACCAAAUUUCAUCACUUUUGAUAAUUUAUUUUCUAGCUGAUCAAGUAGUCUAAGUAGUCUCAAAGUGAACGGCCAGAAUUGAACAACUUUCAGAAUAUAAAAGAUAGGAUUGUUCAAAUCAAAAUCAAGAUUGAAGAUCUUCAUCUAGCUUAAACAAGAAAAUACUUUAUGUAGGCUGUGGAAAUUGUUCAAUUCUGAUACCACUCCAUUGCUUGAUAACUGAUGUCAAAAAAUGAGAAAAUUUGGUUAUGAGGAAGUUCAAAUACUCUAAAUUUGUUUAAUGGUGUCGUUCGUUGAUUUCAUACUCCAUCAUCUAAAAUAUUUAAGUUUUGCAUACCAGUACUUGCUACUUCUUAAACUAUAUGCUAACUCAAAUUUCUAAUCUAAACCCUAAUUAUACAGAAAUGUGUCCCAACAAACCCUAAACUAUAUUUACAAGACAAGGAACCAGUCAAGCUUCUUUGGCUUUCUUGGUUGUGGGAGAGUCACGAGACUCAAACCUUUGAUAUAUAUUUUUUUUUACUUCAGAAGGAAGAAUAUCCAACCUGAUUUUGGUGCCAAACUUUGUCUUAAUAUGGUUUGUUAUCAAUUUGUUCUUCUUUUCACACUAAUGACGCCUUUUUUUUAAUAUUAUUUCCUUUGAUCCGAUCAACCAGAGCCCCGGAUCUUCUCCUGUGAAUCUGUGAUUCAGUUUCAUAUUUGUUGGAUUGUUGGUUUGUGAAUGAGAAUC